GUACCUGUACACCGGUAUCUGGGGCGUCUGGGGGGUGUUUUGGGGCAUCGGGACGCCUUGCUCUGGCUCCGGUGCGGCUGUGUGGGGCGCGGAGGGAGGAGGGACCUCGGUCCGUCCUGCCAGCCCCGCCUCCUUGGGUCCGUUUUUGUUUCCACUUCUGCAAUGGAGGAGCCCCGAGCCGUCUCCUCAGCUGGCCGGGUCAUUGCCUGGGCACACGGAGCCCCAGAGUCCCCCUAGAGGCCGUGGGUCGUGGUGUAUCCCGCCUGGCUGUGAAUUAGGGGCCUCUUUUAUUGUUGUGUGAUCGGCCUGGCAUUGUUUACAUCCGAUACCUCACAUGCUGACCCUCCCCCUCCCCUGCCCGGAGCGCCCGACCUUACCUUGCCUCGCCUUACCUUACCUUACCUCGCUCUGCCUUGCCCUGGCGACACAGGUUGUGGUUCAGUGAACCUGCGAUCCAAUAUCAUGAAGUGAACGAUGUACAUCUGAAAUGUCAAGAAAUCGGGUCGACGUGUUAACGGCAUAGCAAGGCUGGGGUGCAGAGAAGCGCAGAGCCGAGGCACAGCAUGGCGACUCCCAACAGCGAACCGAUGGGGAGGCUCAAGAAGUUCCUGGUGAUGGGCAACAACCCCACAGAAAGAUAUGGAGUCCACAUGAUACGUGAUGUGAUCAACUGGUACCAGGGCUUUGAGCGAAGUUGCCGCAAGGGUCAAGAGGUGGUGCUGACAAACAUCACCAAGCCCUUAGAGGCACUGCUGGAGGCCUCGGUGAUCCCUACCAUGGUGAAAGAGGGCAAGGCAGAGGCUAUCAUGGAUACCCUUCGCACCUACAGCCAGCUCUCCUACGUCGAUAAGGAGGCACUGGUGUUGUGCUUGGCUGUGGCAUCCAAGCAGAGCGACCAGAAGAAGCUGGUGACGGACGCCCACUCAGCUGUGCGGGAACUGUGCACUGACACCCACCUCUUCUUCCUCUUCAUACAUAUCUCCAAGAUGAUCGCCAGGAUAAAUGGUUACUCAGGUUGGGGUCGAGGGCUGCGACGGGCAGUCAGCGAGUGGUACCUGUCCUGGGAGCCACAACGUCUGGCCCUGGAGGUGACGCGGCACUCCAGUGCUCACGGGUGGACUCACAGGGAUGUCAUCAGGCUGGCCCACCUCAAGCUGAAGGACAUGCCAUUGGGGACCCAGGUGGUACUUCACUACGUCUUCCUGGGCCUGGAGAAGACCAAGGACAAGUACACAGGCCAGGAAAACACCUCCGAACUGCUGGAGCUGCUGCAGGCUCUUGAUCGACACCCACACUCAUCCUCUACCCCACAGGCCGGGGAGGUAGCGUGGGACCAAGACCAGGUGAUCAACAAGGCCAACAAGGUGCACGCCCAGUUUGGCAGCCUCAACCUGCACGACGUCCCCUCACAGAGUCUCAAGUCACAGGAGGUUUGGUCUCAUCUCCUGGACAAGCUGGACGGACAGAGUGUGGUGGCCAGCGUGAACCGCCUGGCGCGAUGCAACUUCCUUGCUGCCACCACUGAGGCCGCUGCCGCCCCCCUGCAGGGCCAGCUAGUGGAUCGCCUCACUCAGGAUGAUGUGGCAGCCUCAGGCACCACCCCAGCACAGGUCCUCAUGACCCUACAUGCCUAUGAGCACCCCACCAGGUUCAUUGCGGUGGGGGGUGGCAAGGGUGCAGACAGGAAGGCCAAGGGCGAAACUAAAGUGCCGCGUCCCCCCGGUAAGGUGUCCUCGAGAAGACCAACAAGAGUCAACCCCAAAGUAGUGGAUGCACUUCACUCGCUGCUAACAGCCAGUGCCAGGAAUGCAGAGCAGACAACACGUAGACUGGGCAUCUGUGUUGACGUUCGGGGCACCAUGGGCACCAGCCACGUGUGGACGGGCAACCCGGUGGGCAAGGGAGAGGUGACAGGACACGAGGCUGCUGCCACCACCAUACUGACGCUCACCUCGGGGGGCACCUGUCCGGCGACCACCACCCUCGCUUUCUCCGGCACCACAUUUUCAGAACUCAAGCUCACCGAGGGCAUCACUGUGCUCCAGCUCAUUGAGAAGUUUAGAGAGACUGUGAUUGGCGAGGUCAACGUGGAAAGGGCACUCAACUGGGGGAAGACGCACCAGGCGGAGACAUUGGUGGUGCUGACCCACCGCCUGGAGCAGUCCACCAUCACUUCUGCCACUGCCGCCCUCCAGCGCCACAACGAGGCCAACAACACACAGACAAGACUGGUGUUGUGUGGGCUGUGCUCAAGACACAUCAGUGUCCCACACUCUGAUGACCUGCUUGUGGUGUUGGGCUUCCACCAGCGGACACCCACCAUUAUCAGGGCCUUCCACGAGCGCUACUUUUGAGGCUCCCGGCCUGCCCACUGCCGUCAAUGCUGCUGCUGCUGCUGCUGCUCCAGAUCUGCAAGUGACAAUUGAUCUUGUUAAAUGUUACACUAUACGUUACAUUAGGAAGGUCAGUUGGCUGGGAUGCUUGCCUGUCCCUUUCCUUCUAGCAUAAUAGCUAGCAAAAUGGUCCUGUCCUUAGAGUGGGGCUAUUUUCCAUUGUUUCCAGGGAUACCAGGUUUAUCAAUACAUGUAAGGACACAUAUUUCCUGCAAUAUAUUUUACUUGUUGUGUGAAUUAAAGAUAUACAGGUAUACAGUAGUACAUUUUAUAUACAAUAUCAUACUGUUUGCUGUUUGUCUUCCUCAGUAAACAGAGGUGUCAUUGAAUCUGAGCCAGAGUGCGUGUGUCUGGCCUCAGCGUGGCAGAUCAGAGUGGUGCUGCACCCUCAAUGAGCCACUCCAAGCUACAAACUUGAGCUUUCAUGUUACUGUGCUGGUUUAACAAUAUUUCACAGAGGAAAUAUUUUUGGUGCCUUGACAAAAUUUCAUCCUCAUUAGCUAACAGUUGCAGUGCUUGAAGUCCUUUCAAAGUGGUGGGGAAGAAUGCAAACUUCAUACAACAAAUCACAGCAAGAAAGUGUAAUAUGUAUUUGCUUCACUGAGAACUAGCAGUGAUGAGGGAGAGUAAGUGUUUCUGUGUGUCACUACUACUUGUGCACUGUGAACUAAACACUGUGCACAGAUCUCCUUUGCUGAGUGGUUUAUGCACUCAUGGGCUGCACCUCACUAAGGUUAAAAGUAAAGCUGCCACAAACAAGAGGUUAGCUGAGGAAGCACUCUGACCCCAACUGUUUUGAGAGUCCUUGUCUGUAUUCCCUAAUGUGUUGUGCUCCAGAUGGUCACUUUUACUACUUUAUGUCAAUGUUUUACUUGUUUGUGUUCAGGUUUUGUGCUAACUCAUUACUUUCAUGUGGACUAGACAUGGGAUGGCAGCUGCCUGGCAUGGAAUGUGUUUGUAAACAUUAUGUGAAAGUGUGGAAAAGAAUUUAACAGGAUAAAAAUGGUCUUGGCAAGAGAUUAUUUUCAAAGAGGACCUUGAAGUACUUAAUGAGAAAAAAAAAUCACUUUUUAAACCUUGACAUAUGUAGUGACAGGAUUUUAUUUGACAAGGCUUUUUGAUAUUUUAAUGUGUGCUAUUAUUAUGAUAUGUAUGAAGUUUUAGGGUACAAGGUAGUAUAGGAAGUCCUGGUGACAUGAGCUUCUCAGAAAUAUUUGCAUCAAGCUCCUUGCUCAGAACAGUUAUUUUCACUUGGGUAUUUCUGUUUUCACACAAGUAAGUGGAAUAAUGUCAUAGGGAAGGAGGGGGAGCAAUCAUGCUUGGUAACCAAUUCUAUUUUAUCCAUAGGCUCUCAACCUCCCUCUGAAAAACAAUAAUAUGGAGCAAAAUUACAAAUCAAUUAACUUGUUACAGAGGACUUCCUGUGCGUCACUUUACUGAUAUUUCCAGCUUUAUUUAUUUAAUUAGCUUGCUUCUUAUCUAAGAAAGCAAUUAUUUUAUUAUUUAUUUGACUGAUUUUGGAAACAAAGUUUUGUUGAUUAAGGAAAUUUCUGAGCUUUGUUUGAGUAACACCAUAUUAUAUGAAUCAGGAUUUAGAAUUUUAAUAUUUGCAUAUAUAAAAUAAACAAUGAAUUUUCAAUAUUGACUUGAUAACUGAAAGACUGUUGUUAAACUAGGUUUUGGGUGCCUUGCUAAAUUGUUCACAAACUUCAUGUUGUCCUGGGUGGGAAUUUUUUUCUGCAUUGCAUGAAAUGAAGAGAAGAAACAGUAAUGCUUUGAGGGUUGCACUAUACAAGCAUUGUGGUGAGUGUCACAGCUCAGGGUGGCAUCUUGGGGAACAAAGGCUCCUGUCAUGAGGGUUCAUACAUGGCUUGGGUGAGCCAUGGUCAACAUAUCUGUCAACUCCUCAGGUUGCUGUCACCUGGAUCUUCCCAACUCAUGCCAAACUAACACUUCUUAUACACAUAAAAUAUACUGCCUCCUAUUCUAAAUAGUGGCAGUCUGCAAGCUGGAAAACAAAACCAAUACACACAUAAACAACAACUCAUUUCCUGCUACUCACCUGUCUACCUACCUUUUCUACACACACACACACACACACACACACACAUACACUACUGGCUUCAGCUUCUCUUCAAGAACACAGAAGGAAGCUUUCCCUCAGAAAAUCUUCCCUGGAAAAGAAAAAAGAAACUGAUUAACAUUUGGAUAUCUACAUUUUGACAUUAUUGCUUUGUGUUCAUUUACUGUAAUGAAUGGGAAAGACGCUCAGUUUAUUGAGGAAAAAUAAUGCAUCAUUAUAGUUUGUAGCUGAAAAAUAGGUGUGGACUAUGAAUUUUAUUUAUUAAGAGAUACCUUAGGAAUCUGAACAAGUAUUAAUAUCUAUUACCAACUAUGACUCAAAGAGUUAUUUUUCAAGUGAGAUAGAAAGUAAUGCUUGGUGUUGUAACGUGGUGAACACACUGACGCAGCUGCUGGUCACCAAAACGUUUGGCGUGUGUCCACUGGUGACUAACAACAAGUGGGAACACCCGAUGACUAAAUACCAAUGGCAAACCCCGGUGCACGUGGCCUGUGAAAAAAAGUUGAUAUUAUUAAGUUUUAUACAUCAGUAAAAUGGAAACAUUGUUUUAUGAUAAUGAGAAUGGUGUCAAUCUCUAGUCUACGAGCAAAUGAAUGGGGAUAUAGAAUAUUUAUAAAGUGUCAGGUUUACCCAAAAUAUAAUAAGGCUUUCCAGCAGACAAUAUGAUUGCACAGAUGAAACUUAACUUAAUGCAGUGAUAAUGUUCAUAUCACAAGCACUGCUUGCAAACAGCACUGUAUGGUACAAGGGAAGAAUCUGUGUGGAACAAGGAAACAUAUUUUAUGAUCUCAUGAAGCAUUUGUAAAGCAGAGAGUUUUAUCAUGUGGUAUGAAGGUAGUGUAAUGAGGGUAAAUAUCUGGAGGAGUGGAAGCUAAUGAACUUAAGUAAUAUUUUAAUGUUUAAGAAUAACAGUUAUGAAUAAAACUGCCUGGACAUAAGGUACUACUAUGAAGCUGUUCACUAUGAAUAGCACUUGAGUAUGCAUGCAUGGUGCAGCUACAGAGCAGUGUUUGGGUGCAUAUAUUAUACUUACCACAGUUACUGGUGCACCCAAGGGGUUGGAGAUUCCUUGCUAAGAACACUGCCUCUGAGACUUAAAUUACAUUACUUUCAAGACAGCUACAAUUUAUCAAUGUUGUCUCCUCUGCACAGACCAGCUGCUUGGUUAUUCCCUGACUCACUGGGUGCACCACUGUCCAACAGUUUGCACCUCCGUUUUGUUGAGGAAGAAGGAUUUCUAGUGAUAUGCUGCUAUGUUUUACAACAGCAAGGAAAAACUGUACACACAGGAUGUGUUCAAGAAGACCUGUAAAGAAGUAAAGAAUAUCUUGUCCCUAGAUGUUCUGAAACUGCUAUCUAAGUAUUUAUUUAUAUUUAAGUUUACUGCAAAGUUUGUGGAGCAAACGAUAUGAAAAUUUUGUUUUCUUAUAAGCUGGCUUGCAGUUUUGUGAUACAGGCAAGAAUCCAUGUUAUGUAUAUUGAUGUUCAAAGUUCAAAGUAAGCAUUGUUAUAGGUCUUAAAAGUAAGACCACAUCUCAGUCCAUGGUCUUGCAUAUUCUCUCUUUGUGUUCAGUGAAAGACAUGAAGAAUGAAACAAAGGAACUGCACAUAAACCCCACAAAACCUGCAGAACAUAAGCCCUGUCAGGUGUUUAUGUCCUUGUUGAUCACUGACAGUGUGAGGAUGGUUUGUGUGUCAACAGGACAGAGGUGAGGGGGUGGGUGAUGCAGGUCAGCAUUUUCCAAUAGGAAGCUAACUUGAACUGACAAGUUGUAAGGAAAAUAUGUAUGGAACAGUUCCUCUCAAUGUUUACAAGUAGUUCUGCAAUAAUAGAGGCAAUCAUAUCUGCUAAUGGCGUAAAAUAUUAGUGAGUUCAAAUAAAAGAGAUAUGUAUAUGGAAAAGUAUAAGAUAAAAGCAUAUCCUUCUCACUGAUAAAUUGAGUUGUGGUCUUGCAAGCCAGACUGCAGGGUGAAUGGGGAAUGUGAAAAGUUGCUGCUAUGUGAAGGGCAGCGGUGUACCCAUCAGUCCUUGUGUCAGGAGUCAAGUUGCUAGCUCCAUACCCACCACUAUCACCUCCUUAGAGAGUAGCAUUUCCCCUCCUUCCCUGACUCCAUACUCUCCAUUUGCUUUAACCAUCUCAUACAUAAUAUACGUGUGCAGCCAUAGCGUAUGCCCCCAACUUUACCUACCUAUACAGCUCUACUAUCAACACACCUUAGAGAGUAACACUUCCCUUUCUUCUAUGAAUCCAUACUCCUCAUUUGGUUUGAUCAUCUUAUUUUAACUUGAAACUCUCUUAGUACUGCUUUAUCCUUCCAUACAUUAUUGUGUUUUCAUUGUGUCAUUGAGUCUCUUUACCUUUCCAUUUACCUCCAUCUGACUCCUCUUGUACAUUGGUGUGUCUUCAAUGCAUCACUGUCUCUACCUUACUAUUUACCUCCAUCUUACUCGUCUGACGCCAGGCACGUUUUAUUCUCCCAUUUGCUCCAAACAGAAGGACCAACAAGUACAGAGCUGCCCUCACCACAGAAGCACCUUUGAGAGUCCCCUGUAGUGAUGUGUGACUUGCCUCUGGGCCACAGUGAAGGACCCUGGAAUAAGUCUUGGCAUUUCUGCACUAGUGUGAGGGGAGGCAAGGAGGUGGUUAUGAUAUUAUACUCUUACCUAUGUAGUAACUGAAUUUUUUUUUCUCUUCAACUCACGUUAACCUUCAGGAACACAUGGUGAUAAGGGAAUUCUUGUUGGUGGAUGUGUGUGCUCAUUUAAGUAGUUUGUAGAUGGUGUCGGUCUGUGCGAAUGAAUGCUUUACGUGUCGAGGGUUACCUUGUCCUCGUAGCCACUAUUAGUGUAUUCUUAUAAUAAUUUCACACAGUAAUGUAUUAUGUUAUGUUAUAGGUAGCAAACACUGGAAUAUCUAUAAUGUAAAUUGAAUAUAUAACCUGAUAAUUAUCUGGUUGAAUUUUGGAAAAAGUGUGAUCUUGAUUAAAGUCCAGAAAUAAAGUGCUUCAUUAUGCUGUUAUAUUCCACACUUCUCAGGGUCAAUCUUCACUUUACAAUGCUUGUCAGUGAUGAGGGAGGAAAAGUAUGAUUGCUUUAUACUAAGGCAGGCUGCAGCAUGAGGGAGUCUUGCCAUCCAGGCUUGAGUCAGUCAGAGGUUGCAACUGCCAGGUAGUAUGGAAAAAAGUACAAGUGUGUCAUGGUACAAGCGACAAACCAAGCGACAGGUGUUUACAGCAAGCGUGCACCAAAGUUACCAGACCUAACAGUAGACUAAGGCCAACUUGCACUUGUGUAGUGAUGAUUAACUGAAAUUGUACGUUACUGUAGAUCAUUACUCGAUGUAGAACAAAUGUACUUAAAUCUAUAGAAAUUUUAUUAUCUUAUAUAGAUUUAAAACUAUUAGUAUACUCCAGAUAUAUUACAAGUCAUUUACUCAAAAGUCCCAGAUUAGCUGAAGCAAAUACUAUACAGGUAACUCUCGAUUUACGUGAGUAUUGUGUCCUUGAAGAGGUCGCGUAAAUCAAAAACAAUGUAAAUCAAACAAGAGGUAGGUUUCUAUCAAAAAAUAAAUAUUCACUCCAUUCAGUGGAGAGAGAGAGAGAGAGAGAAUAUCCAUAUCACCGAGAUAUCCACUCAGACACUCAGUCUCAGCCUCACUCGUGUGAGGAAGAAAUGAGGGACACCAUGAGCGACUGGCUAGUAUUGGUACUGGCACCAAGCAGUCUGGUACUGGUACAGUACCGUAUAGCUGGUACCGUUAGUACCAGUACCUACCCACCCCUAUUGUUGAGUAGCGUGGCAGCGUGGGUACUGUAUUGUUGUUCAAGUGGCGCGUGGGAAGAACUGAGCUCAGCUGUGUGGCCGCGGCACCAUGUGAGUCCAGUUGUGUGAGACAUCUGGUGGCCACUCCAUAAAAUAUCGCGUAUAAGUGAAAAAACAUGUAAAUUAAACAUUUAUUUGGAUUUUGGACCCCGCGUUAUUUAAAAAACGCGUAAACCAUACUCGUGUAAAUCGAGUUACCUGUAUUUCAUUAAAGAGGCUUCAUAUUAUAUCCGUGUGAAAAUCUGAAUGUUUUCAAAGUAACUUGGAAUCAAAGACACAGAGUGUGGGUGUGUGCGCAUCACUCUGGGAAGUGUGAAGUGUUUGCUGGUGGAAGUAUGUGGCUGGAGUGACCAGAUCUGCUGUGCUGGUGGUGGUGGCAAGGCAGAAGAUUAGCUGAACGAGGGAACUGUUUCACUAACGUGGUGACUGUUGGAUGUUCUUGGCAAUAUGUGCAGUUCAUUAUAUUUUCUGCUGCUUGGUUUAUGCUAAUAUAUCCUAGUUAGUUUAUCAUCAUUGUUCUCUUAUUCACUCCUGUUUUGGUGAAGUAAUUUUCUAUAAGUCCUGGUAAAUAUUAUAUACCAUUAGAUCUGUUAAUGUUCAAGGAAUUACUCAUCAAACAGCAAGAAUCUCAUGCAUAAAAACUGAAUUGUCUUGGGCACCAGAAUGCUGCCACUCAGAGGACCUAACGUGUGACAAGCAGAGUAAUAGUUUUGACAAAUCAUAAGUUAUGUUAAAGGACUUGCAGCUCACUAAGGUUCUCAUGUCCUGCCACACCAAGAGGUUGUUGUUGUGUGGGGCUGUGACUCCCGCACUCCCUUUACCACUGCUGUUGUGUGUUAAAGGCUCAAUGAGCGUCAUGUGUCCACGCAGAGAUGUGUGUUGCUAAACUGAAUUUUUUGUUUGUGUUGUACUUCUUUACUUGAGUAUUCAGUUCACUUGAGUUUUCAUUGCAUAACAAAACAGUGAAAAACUUCUGGGCAAAUGUGCAUUUCUCUUCAAAAUUUCUACAUCAUGUGAGAACAAAACAUGAGUCUAGUACAUAACCCAGACCUUUCCAGCACCACCCCUUGUUCUCUGUCCUUAACUUGCCCACCAUGUAAUUAAAACAAAUACAAAAUCUACUUGCACUACAUACUGUGAGAGCUUCCAGGCCACAGUUUCAUGUAACAUUUACCAUCCAUGAUUAUGACGAGGGAAUAUUAUUAACAUAUUACAAAUAUCUCUUAGACACCUUACUAAUUACUAAGCAUAUAUAAAAGGUUUAAGAGUAUUUUUUACUCUAUUAACUUAAUAUUUGCAAGCCACUACCACUUGGAUAUUCAAAGAACAGGCCUUCUUGCACCCAUCUGUGGCUUUGCUUCACUCUGGGGAGAACCACAGGGUAAUUAGACAACAGGACCACAUCAUUCCAGGAUUAACAGUCAUAUUCCAAGCUCUCUUUACCAAGCGAUGUCAGUUAUUACCAACUUAAAAACAAACGGCAGCUUCUAAACUUUAUUAUCUUUGUUGAAUGCUACAUACUUGACUUCAAAUUACUUUUAUCUUGUCAUCUUUGCAACAUAUUUUACUAAUAGAAAAUAAAUAUGUUAGAUGUAGCCAUUAACUCAUAAAGUGGUUUAUAGAAAGCUCAUAGGGAACAAUGUCUGGCAUACUGAUACUCUUCAAACUGAUGUUAAAAAAUGAGCUGGGCUGGUACAGUUUAUAAUAUGGUUAUUUGUCCCAACUCCCAACCACUCUCUCUCUCUUCUCAAAAACAAACAUGAAAAAUCCCUACCUUUUUAGUGGAGCUGGAUCACUAUUUUAGUCUGUCUGGGUUUAUGUUUUGGUGAGGUUAAGAUACUGUCCUCUACAUCCACUGCCAAAAUAACAUCUUUGUGCGACGCUUUGUUAAAGUUUUAUUUGCGAAAAACUGGGGAACACGGCCCCGGAAACCAUUAGUAGGUCAUAUUAGGCUGUCAAGGAUUGCUCUUCGUGGCAUGUGGUCCUGUUAUCUAAUAUUACUUACUAUGCUUCCUUGUGUAUGGUAAAAUGGUUGUACUGUAUUCAUGAUUAUCUCCUUACCUCCUCCCCUAAAGAAAACAUCUUUGUAUUAUUUUAGCACAUGGUUCUUGCAGACCUUGUAGUUAGUUAGUUAGCUUAACUUUCUCGCUGUAUUGCCACGGAAGGCUUCAUUCAAGGUUGUGGUGCAUAGUAUACUUCUUUUAGUGCUCCUGAUGUCUCUCGUGCUUUGUGCUUUAUGACACCUAAGCAAACCUGAGCGUCACUUACCCCCAGGAUGUGUUAUGCAGCUAGUACACACCAGAGCCAUAAAAUAGGAGAGUUUGCCCAGCUUCAUUACAGGCACCAUGUUGUUACCGAAUGAGCCUUGUGAAAUUCAAAUGGUGCUGAUAUAAAAGUAUUUUUUUUAUGCUCUCUGCCCUCCUUCGAGAUCCUUAUGACACCUAAAGCACACAAAAAAACACUAUUAUAACAGCAUCAAUUAGAAUUUCAUGCGGCUCUUUUGGUGACAACAUGGCACCUGUGAUGAAGUUGGCCAAACUCUCCUAUUCUAGUGCUCUGCUACAUACCAAUCCAAUUUGGCAGCACUGCUUGCCAGUCCAUCUGGAGUCCUUACAUAGCAGAGACUAGUCCUUCUGUUUGGAGUCUUCGGUAGCUCCAGACAGAAGAAUUGAUAAGUACAGUGCUUCUGCUCUUUACAUUGGAGCUUAGAAAGUCCUCUGUUGGUAUGCUUAAUUAAGAAUAACACUUCUUUGUCCUGGCAGCUUUCACCCCAUGUUCAUUUAGGGUUGCUGUUUUGGGGUUGUGGCUUGAGGUUUAAGACCAAAUGCCCUUCCUAAUGUCAAGCGAUAGCACUGGGGUUCAAACCGCCUCGCCCCGACUCGUCACAACGUGGCCAAACACCUUAAUCCACUACACCAAUCUGGAAAAUAAAGCUGAGGUGCAAUACCUAACUAUGUUCAGAGUGCAGCUUGAUCAACUUUAAUUAUUUUGACAAAAUUCAUCUUCAUCAGCUUAAUUUGCUUGAGCAGUUUUGUUUCCUAAGAGGCUUGUAAUGGGAAGGAUAACAGUGUGGAGGCUUCUUGGGGGCUGUCAGGGGUGGAGGUGCUGAGUGAGUGAAGCAACGUGCCCCCUGGUGUAUGCUCUUCAUUAGUUAGUUUAUUUGGUUUCCAAUGUGGUAUUGGUCUGGUGUACUAAUUGGGGAGUAUCCCUUACCUAGCAAAGGUUACUUCUUAGUUCCUCUACUACUGAUAAAUGAAGCAUUUCAAGAUAACAUGGACAUAAGCAAACAUAACUAUGUACACUGUUUGAACUAACUUGACAUAUAAGCUCCUCCCCUUCCCCAUUUAGUUCAUAUCAUUGGCCCCUUCACAAGCAGGCCACGCCCCUUUCCCAACUUAGGAUGCAUAUGAUUGGUGGAUUCUGGAUAAUGAGCUGGUGUGGUCUUAUUUGUAAUGUUGAUGUGGGCAGGUCUUGGGUUCCCUGAGCACCUGUACCCAUCAAGGAGGAAGGAAGAGGCUGAGUAUUUAGGGAUGGAGGCAUUUUGAUGGAAUAUGCACAGUCUAUCUCAACCACAUAUUUUUGUAUGCAACCUUUUUGUUAGCACAUGAAGAUUUGGGUGAAUAAACAUAUGACUAGGA